GUCCACGGACUGGGGUCACCUUCUGUAGCCUGCUGCUCACUGCUAAGAUAGGUUUCUCUGCUGCAGAUGCAGUGACCGGUCUGAAGCUGGUUGAGGCAGGUGUUCCUAAAGAGCAGCUGGCAUUACUGGCAGUCCCCAUGGUUCCACUGCAGAUACUACUACCUCUCAUCAUCAGUAAAUACACCGCGGGACCACGACCACUAGACGUUUUCUACAAGGCCUUUCCCUUCAGGUUGUUGAUAGGUCUGGGGUAUGCUGUGUUGGUGUGGUGGACUCCCAGUUUAAAGCAGGAAGGGGGAUUCCCUCUCUACUACUAUACUAUAGUCCUGUUCAGCUACGCACUGCAUCAGGUGGCGCUGUACAGCAUGUAUGUGGCCUGUAUGGCUUUCCAUGCUAAAGUGAGUGACCCAGUGAUCGGUGGGACCUACAUGACCCUGCUGAACACGGUCACCAACCUAGGGGGCAAUUGGCCCUCCACCCUGGCAUUGUGGAUGGUCGACCCACUCACCUCUAAGGAGUGCCAGGGAGCCAUCGGACAGAGCUGUGGCUCCUCAGAGGAGGCUGGGCUGUGUGUAAAGGAGGGCGGUGUGUGUGUGACGUCGUUGGAUGGUUACUAUGUGGAGUCGGUGGUGUGUGCGUUGAUAGGACUAACGUGGUGGGUGUGGCUAGGGAAGAGGAUGAGAAGGCUACAGGACCAGAGCCCUGCAGCUUGGAGGUGCAGGAUCGGCCAAUGA